AUGAAGAAGCACUCGGCCAGGGUGGCCCCGCUCAGCGCCUGCAACAGCCCCGUGCUCACCCUCACCAAGGUGGAAGGGGAUGAGCGCUCCCGGGAAUCUCCAGCCCCAGCAGAAGCACAAGUGCAAGCUGGGGUGGAAGGCAGUGGAAGAGUGAAUCGCUGCUGUUGGAAAUGCUCUGUGACCCAACUGAAGAAAUUUUUCUGGGGAGUGGCAAUGGUCCUGGGGGUCUGCUCUUCCUGGUCAGGUUCAACGCAGCUGGCAAAACUGACCUUUCAGAAAUUUGACGCACCCUUUACUCUGACAUGGUUUGCAACAAACUGGAACUUUUUAUUCUUUCCUUUGUAUUAUAUUGGACAUGUUUUUAAGUCAGCUGAAAAGCAAACUCCAAAGCAAAGGUACAGGGAGUGCUGCCAAUUUUUUGGAGACAAUGGCUUGACUCUGAAGGCUUUUUUUACCAAGGCAGCACCCUUUGGUGUUCUUUGGACACUCACAAACUACCUAUAUUUACAUGCAAUAAAGAAAAUAAACACGACGGAUGUCUCCGUGCUGUUCUGCUGCAACAAAGCUUUUGUGUUCUUGCUGUCAUGGAUUGUUCUCAGGGACAGGUUCAUGGGAGUGAGGAUUGUGGCUGCUAUAUUUGCUAUCGCAGGGAUAGUCAUGAUGACUUAUGCGGAUGGAUUCCACAGUCAUUCAGUUAUUGGAAUAGCACUUGUUGUGGGAUCUGCCUCAAUGUCUGCUCUUUAUAAGGUUCUGUUCAAACUUCUCCUGGGAAGCGCUAAAUUUGGAGAAGCGGCCUUAUUCUUGUCUGUAUUGGGUAUCUUCAAUGUCCUUUUCGUCACUUGUAUUCCUGUCAUUCUUUACUUUACCAAAGUGGAAUACUGGAGCGGUUUUGAUGUCAUUCCUUGGGGAAACCUUUGUGGAUUUUCAAUUCUCUUAUUGACAUUCAAUAUUAUAUUAAAUUUUGGAAUUGCUAUUACAUAUCCCACAUUGAUAUCUCUUGGAAUCGUACUGAGUGUACCUGUAAAUGCAGUUGUUGAUCACUACACGAGUGAAAUUGUCUUCAACAGUGUCCGUGUAAUUGCCAUCAUCAUCAUCGGCCUGGGCUUCCUCCUGCUGCUUUUACCAGAGGAAUGGGAUGUCUGGCUAAUGAAAAUCCUCACUCACCUCAAAGUGCGGAAGAAGGAAGAAAUCCCCGAGGGGAAUGGAGACAUCAUUUCAGGACUGCCGAACAAAAGCAGGAGAACCCGCCCCUCCAUGUCAUCCUUCACCCAUUAAUGUUAUUUUUACUGAAUCUCUGUAAUUAACAUUGUAUGCUAUGUUUCAAAGAUAUUUUCUUGCAAAGAAGCA